UCAGCGCAUAUUUGCAUUGACAGUCUGCGGGCUUCAGGAGAUCUCUCCGUAUGAACAAACGACAUUAACCAGAAGCCCCUGCGGCGACGAGCGGAAAAGCCGCUGCUGUAACCCUAGAAGAAGCAUACUAUGCUGUGCGUGGCACUGUAGUUUAAUGUCUUUCCAUAUUAUCGUUUGUCAGUAAACGCAAAGGAAAACGACCUGACUGAGUUACAUAUAGUUGGUACCAAAGUGUGAGUUAACGCUGUAAUAAUCCGGAAACAUGAAUUACACUCGGUUCCUAACAGCCGUCAGUGCAGCCAGAAAACCGUCUGCCAUCAGGGUCCUGACUGAGCUGCAACAACGGUCGCCUCCAACCAUGAUCUCUUUGGCCGCAGGGGCGCCGAACCCUGACACGUUCCCUUUUGAGUCAGCAUCCAUCAAGGUGCGGAAUGGCCCAGCGAUUACCUUCGAUGAGAAGACGAUGAAGAGAGCUCUGCAGUACUCGGCCUCCAGUGGUAUUCCCGAGCUACUCAUGUGGAUGAAGAACUUGCAGAAGAAUCUUCACAAUCCACCGACUGCUAACUACUCUCCAGAGAAUGGCCAGAUGGACAUGUGUGUGACCACCGGAAGCCAGGAGGGGCUCUGUAAGGUGUUUGAGAUGCUGGUCAACCCUGGAGACAACGUUCUACUAGAUGCCCCGACAUAUUCCGGCACACUGGCAGCACUUCAGCCACUUGGUUGCAACCUGAUCAGCGUCGCCAGUGAUCAGCAUGGCAUUAUACCUGCAGCCCUGAAGGAGGUCUUGUCUCAGUGGGAACCUUCAGAGGUCCAAAAGCCUGGCAGCACCGCCCCAAAAGUCCUCUACGUUAUCCCUAAUGGAGGAAACCCCACAGGUGCCUCCAUGACGACUCAGCGGAAGAAAGAAGUGUACAAGCUGGCCCAGCAGUACGACAUGCUCAUCAUAGAGGACGACCCAUACUACUUCAUGCAGUUUGACAAGCCGUGGGUUCCCUCGUUCCUCUCCAUGGACGUUGAUGGGAGGAUUAUCAGAACAGACUCUUUCUCUAAGAUCUUGUCUUCAGGGUUGCGGUUGGGUUUCGUGACUGGCCCCAAACCACUGGUGGAGCGGGUGGUGCUGCACAUACAGGCGUCGACCAUGCACACAAGUACAUUCACACAGCUUCUGGUGUCUCAGUUGCUACACAGCUGGGGUCAAGAUGGUUUCCUCCAGCACGUAGAUGGAGUGGUCGAGUUUUACAGAAAAAAACGUGACACCAUGUUGACCUCUGCAGACAGAUGGCUUAAAGAUGUAGCCGAGUGGCACGCCCCAUCUGCAGGCAUGUUCCUGUGGAUCAAACUGAAGGACAUCGCUGACACUCAGCAGCUCAUUAUGGAGAAGGCGUUGGAGAAAGAGGUGCUGCUGGUUCCUGGAUGUGUCUUCACGAUCGACAGCACUGAGCCUUCUCCGUAUGUUAGAGCAGCCUUUUCUCUGUCCUCACCGGAACAGAUCGACGAGGCCUUCAGAAGACUCUCCUUACUCAUCAAAGAAGCUUUGUAAGGAUUUUUAUUCCCUGUUUGUUUGUUUUUUGUUUGUUUUUCUUUUUAGAUUUCUAACUAAAUACUGAGUUUAAAUAUAUUUUUAAUAUAUAUUUAUUACCUCUGGCAAAAAUGUUUCUGCUGAAAACACUUUGGAGCAAAAAAAUGCACGACUGCCUUGUGAAGCACAUGAUUUGUUGAUACACUACACCCAAGCUGUUUUUCUGUAUCUUUUGAGCUUGUAUGUUUAUAUGACGCUAAAAUAGUAAUGUUUAAUUUAUACAAUACAGGGAAACAAAUGUGUGCCAAACAAAAAAAAAAAAACACGCACAGUUUUAUCUUUGCAGCCCAUGAUUGUAGUAAACGUUGAGUUGGUGCAUUAAGGUGCUGGAGUUUCUCUGACCUUAGACAGUUUGUGUUCCUUUGUUUUAAAACUUGCAUGUUCAUGAACACAUUGCAUCAACAUCUGAUCCAAUCUGUUAGUUUUCUUUCCCUUUAUACAGACUUUGACUCUGCUGUGUGCAUAUGAAGGAUAAUGGGAUCAGAGGGUUUAGGAAUCAGGCUUUUCUAACUCUCGCUGCACAAUAGACGUAUUUAAAGUCCUUGGCUAAAGAAUGUAGUGCAAAUUAAUUCAUUCAUUAAUUAAAAACAUACAUCCUGACCUGAAUAUUAUGUUUCCUUGCCUAAAUGUUGAUAAAAUAUAAUACUUAAGUAUCUUGGGAAGAAAAGGAGGAUAACAAAUAGUGCUGCAGAUUUUCACCCAUCCAAAACUCUUAUUGACACACCAACAGAUGUCAAAUCAUUGUGAUUACAUGUUUUAAAUUGAAGAUUACCGUUUAGAUGUAAAAGAAAAUGAUCAUGCCUACUGAUAGAAUCAUUUUACACUGGCAAUAGGGUUAAGGUUAGCCCAAGUCAAAUUAUCUAAUUCUGACUAUUUUGUGCAGCUCUACUGUGAGAUUAUAGAUUUCCUACAUGUUUUGCAGAUUGACUAUACUGUGAAUACAUACUCAAAUGCAAUGAAUGGGGCUGCUUCUCCAUGUUGAGUAAAUGUAUAGGAAACAGCAAUAGAUUUGUCCCUAAUAGAGACACAAACUUCAACAGUGAAUUUCAAGCUGCUGGAGGUUGCUGCACCAAAUCCCCUGAACUUGUAUUUUUCCGGCUCAGUAAUUAUAUGUUUGGGUUGGCACAUGAGCUGGUUCCACACCAAACAAAGCUGAGUAAAUAUGUGCAGUCUCUUCUAUUUACUUUAAAUAGUUUAUUGUGUUUAACACUCUCUUGCCAAAUGCUGAGGUCAUUCUGCAAACUCACAAUCAUAUCCGGAUGCUGUGUCAGGCUUUUUUUUUCUUUGACAGAUGGAAAAUAAACACAGCUCCUUAAGUCAUAAAACACUGUAAUAGAUAAAAAGAAAAAGAUUAUCUUGUGCACACAAGAUUAAAGUGUAAACCACUUAACCAUUUUUUUUAUAUGGGUAUCUAAUAAUGUUCAGUGUAAAUUAAAGAUGUCUCUUUCUUCACCUGAAAUCCAGCACUCCAUCAUCAUGACUGACUAGCCAAGUGUUCCAUUAACUGUAAUCCCUCAACAAUUACAAGACAUGUGACCAGUGUGAAUGUGAAGGGUCAAUGAAUCAGGUGACACCUGAUUUAGGCCAAAGGAAUAGCUGUGUUUUUAAUCCAAUGUCUUGGUUUUAUUUGUAAUUUGUUUGGUUAGUUAUUUAAAGCGAAUGACUCCACAGCUACACCUGCUGCAGCAACAAUAUGAAGCUUCACCACCAGAUGUCACUAAUUGUUAACAUUUCUUUGAAUAUUAUUUUCUUUAGAAUUUGCAAUUGUUUUUUACACAGUGUCAUUUCACUAUGCUCACAAAAAAAAGCUAGAUAAAUACAGUAUAUCCAAAUAUGGUAAUUUGUCAACACACUCCACACAUGCUCCCUUAAAUAUUUAAACAUGUAUAAUAUCUUCUGUAUAUUUUUGUUUGCUAAGGCUUUUGUGCAGUUUUCAGUUUCAGACUUCAUGUGCAGGAUAACCCUGACUUGGUAUACAUUUAUAUCAGUUUUGCUCUGCCUUUAUUUUAUUUAUUUUUUCCUGAUUGUUCAAACAUUGUUUUUUUUUCUCUGCAUUUUCCAGUUUGAACCUGAUCUUUUAUCUGAGCUUUUUUCUUUGACUGUCCUUUCAUAGUCCAACAUUUUGACAAUUGUAAUUCACAAAAGAUACAGAAGGUGUUUCACCACAGUCCAUUUGUAUGUCACUAUACCUUGUGUGUUAAUGCAGACUUGCUCAAAAGGAUACACUCACUGCGCCACAAAAUUAUAUGUGAGGUUUGACUCUCGUGUUUGUUUAUGUCACAAAGGUAACAGGUAAAAGCACAUGACUUGUUACUUAUGUCUUAUUGUAAAUGAACAUCUGAAGAAAGAAAAACUACUAAUUGUGGUCAAUAAAGGAUUGUUUCAAUGAUGA